UGCGUAUAUAAUCGCUCUACAUCCCUCCAAAUUAUCUUCUUCCUUCUCAUUUAUUAUCACCACCAGACUGUCUCUCAUCAUGAAGUUCCUGGCAGCUCUUGCGCUCGGUGCAACAGCCACCUCCGUGUUGGCUGCUGUGAUCCCCCAGCAGGAUCCCUUGACUGGGCCGCAAGUCUACCGUGAAGCAGAGCAGUAUCUCAUAGAACUGGAACCAGGGAACACAAUUUGGGUGACUGAGGAUGAAAAGUGGUCAUUGAGACUGGUCGGAUUCUCCCGAGCUCUUCCUCCGCUACUGCUGCUGUCCGGCUAACCGUUGCUGCCUCGCGCUGCUGUAGGACGGUGUCAAGUUCAUGGACGUUACUGAGGAGCAUCACAACAGCCUGUACCCUACUUCUCGUAUCUUGAAGACUGUUGAAUAUCCAGUGCAGAUGGAGCACGUCGAUUCAGUAGUACCGCUCACCCAGUCCCUGUCCAAGGAUAACAUGAAGGCCGACCUGGAGCAUUUCACCUCAUUCUACACUCGCUACUACCAGUCAUCCACUGGCGUCGAGUCGGCAACUUGGCUCUACAGCAGAGUUUUGGAGACUCUUGAACAGUCAGGGGCUACCGCGUAUGGUGCUUCGGUUGAGAAGUUCCAGCAUUCAUUUCAGCAGUUCAGCAUCAUUGCCCGAAUUCCUGGCCAGUCCAACAAGACUGUGGUAGUGGGUGCUCACCAAGAUAGCAUUAACCUACUUGCACCAUCAUUCCUUCCUGCGCCCGGCGCCGAUGACGAUGGCAGCGGCACUGUUACGAUCCUUGAAGCUCUCCGUGUCCUGCUCCAGUCGGAGGAGGUUGUGAACGGAUCCAUUCGCAACACACUUGAGUUCCAUUGGUAUGCUGCCGAGGAAGGUGGCUUGCUCGGAUCUCAAUCGAUCUUCUCCCAGUACAGCUCGGACGGAAGAGACAUCAAGGCCAUGCUCCAACAAGACAUGACCGGAUACUCCCAGGGUACGCUUGACGCAGGUCUCCCGGAGUCUGUCGCCGUAAUUACCGACUAUGUCGAUCCCGGUCUCACCGCGUUCAUCAAGGAGGUCAUUACCACGUAUUGCGACGUGCCCUAUGUUGAAAGCCAAUGCGGCUACGCCUGCUCCGACAACGCGUCCGCAAGAAAAUACGGCUACCCUUCUGCCUUUGUGAUGGAAUCCGAGUUCGAACAUUCAUCUGACCGUAUUCAUACCACUGGCGACAAGAUCGAUUAUCUCAGCUUCGACCACAUGGUGCAGCAUGCAAAGCUGACUCUUGCCUUUGCAUAUGAACUGGCUUUUGCCUCGCUUUGAUUCCUAGUCGGAAUGACUGUGUAGAUAGUAUUGAUGACUAGGGAUGAUUACUACUAUUAGCACUCCGUACCCUGCAUUAUUACGCAGUAAUGCGCUGUUUGUUUGAUAUUCACUAUUCCCAUCCGUUUUCUUAUCAUCCCCAUUAAGAUUGCUAUCUCCCUCGCGUUGUCGGUAGAGGCUCUGCUGCUGUUGUAUCUCCGUCUGUGCAUCAUAUUACGAUAAUGACUCUGCAUCACGUGAACCAGCA